AGCAGUUUGCCAGGCUCUCCCUUUUUCUUCUUCUUCGGUGCACAGAGAGACGAGCAGCUGCAAAAGAAAGCUACUUUUCUUCUUCGUCGUCUUCUUCAUGUAAUAACUCGGAAAGAUCUACGGUUAUGGAUGCAAGUGCGCGCGGUAGCACUUGGGAAUUUGAGAGCAAAUAACUUUUUUUUUUUUUUUUUUUUUGCCAAUAAGUGGCGAGUCGAUCGAAGAAUUAUGGAUUCGUUCGCGCCAAACGACACGUCGGCAGAGUGCGCGGGGGCGCGCGUUCUCGCGGCGCAGGACGGGAGCGCGGACCCGUCCAACCGGAGCUGCGGCAACAUCUCCGCGGCGCUCGCACCCAGAGGCGUGCGGCCAAAGGAUGACAACCACACGCUGAGGAUCCUGCUCUACUCCUUCAUCUUCUUCCUGAGCGUGUUCGGGAACCUGCUGAUCAUCGUGGUGCUGACGCUCAACAAGCGCAUGCGCACCGUCACCAACACCUUCCUGCUGUCGCUGGCCAUCAGCGACCUAAUGAUGGCCGUCUUCUGCAUGCCAUUCACGCUCAUUCCCAGCAUCCUCAAGGACUUCAUCUUUGGCGCCAUCAUGUGCAAGAUAGUAUCCUACCUCAUGGGUAUAUCGGUCAGCAUCUCCACGUUCAGCCUGGUCGCCAUAGCAAUUGAGCGCUACAGCGCCAUCUGUAACCCCCUGAAGUCCCGUGUUUGGCAGACCCGUUCCCACGCUUACCGGGUAAUUGCCGCGACGUGGCUGAUGGCGGUGGUCGUCAUGAUCCCGUACCCGGUGGUCAGUCAUCUGGACUCCUUUCCGAGCCCCGGCAACACCACCGCCCACCAGUGUCGUCGCAAGUGGCGCGACGCCUUGGCCGAGCAGUCCUGGUACGUUUUGCUGCUGCUUUUGCUGUUUGCCAUUCCUGGGGUGGUGAUGAGUGUGGCCUAUGGCCUCAUCUCCAGGGAGCUUUACAGAGGGAUCCAGUUUGAGAUGGGACACAAAAAAGACUCUACAGACGUGAAGAAUGGCUUGACUUCAACAGCGUCGUGCGGCAGCGACGACGGCGACGGCUGCUACGUCAACGUUCAGCGUCCCUACUCGCUGGAAAUGUCUGCCAGGUCCGCCUCGGCCAAGACGCCCAAAGCAGACCGGCCGCGCAGCAACACAUCGGAGGCCAAGCUCGAGGCCAAGAAGCGAGUCAUCCGCAUGCUGGUGGUGAUCGUGGUCCUCUUCUUUCUGUGCUGGAUGCCGCUGUACUGCGCCAACACGUGGCGGGCUUUCGACAACGCUUCGGCCAACAAAGCCCUCUCGGGCGCGCCCAUUGCUUUCAUUCAUUUGCUGAGCUACACCUCCGCCUGCGUCAACCCCAUCAUCUACUGCUUCAUGAACACCCGUUUCCGGAAGGCUCUGCUCGCUACGUUCGCCUGCUGCACCGCCCCGAGCCGUUGCCGACGCCGACGGCGCGGGCUGAGGGACAACGAGGAGGACGUCACGGCCAUGGGACCCUCCAUGUGCAAGUUCAGUUACACGACAGUCAGCACCAUGGGAACCUGCUGAGGCUGAUGGAGGCAGUUCCUGUCUGGAAGAGACAGUUACUAUGGCAACGCGGUACACAACAUCCGCUGUGCUCAGCCCAAAGUGAAAACAGUCGGCAUAAUGUAGCAACGUACAAGCUUAAACCCAUGACUGUGAGAGAAUAAAAAAGGGAUAAUAAAACUCACAGUGUAUGUACCUCAAUUGAAACACACAAAAAUGGAGGAUAGAUCUCUCAAAGCGAAUUGCUGGUUGAGGUGUUAAAUCAGGGGUGUCCAAACUUUGGCGU